AUGCCGCCUAUCAGGAAUCGCACUCGUGUUAAUCGACAACCGAAGACAUCAUAUGACGAUUCACUUCCAGAAAAUUGGUCCAUUUCAAAACUGAGAGAUGAAUUGAGACUAAAAGGAAUCACACAACCACAGAAUACUAGACGAAGUGUAUUAGUGAAGUUAUAUAAACAAACUGUUACAAAUGACGAGUCGAGAACAUCUCAGGAAUCGGGAACCCAGGAAUCGCGGCAAGAAACGGUUUCAACCACCCAAGGACAAGACGUUAGAACAGAGUUAUUAGGCAUGGUAAGGAACCUUACUUCGACCGUACAGAACCUGCAAAGCAGUAUGAUUUCGUUAACCGAAAGAGUAAACACAAUGGCACGAUCGCAAACUUCAAUACCAGCGGCUGCAGGAAGCGUGGAUCAAUUACGCCAGUCGGGGGCUCAAACUACCAAUCCACGAAAUGAUGAUACACCUGUAUCAUGCGGAACUCCUCGAGAGACGAGGGAAUCAGAUUACACUCUCAUAACGGCAUGGGCUGAUCAAGCAUCACCAAGGACCAUGGGAGUAAGAACCACAUAUGGAUACGCGGUGGAAUCACUGCCUUACGUCGAGACAAUUGCACCGAACCUUCGGAAGCAGAUUAUAGAAGAUGGACAAAUUUCGCAAACUAGCUCUGGAGGCGGACAUCCGAGCCACAGCCUGUCUUCCAUACCACAAGAUUACAAUGUAGAAGAAAUAAAGACUUUAUGGAGUGCAGCAAUUAGCCAACAGACAGCAAGAGCAGAUUCCACGGGCAUUCAGCACUUUUUAUCAUUUGUGACUUUGUGUGGUAUAGCAGUACCAUUGGGUACUUUACCUUAUGUAAAUGAAGAUGUUCUUAUCAAAUUUGUAUCUUAUUGUCAUUCCUCUUUAAGCUUAUCAUUUUCUACCAUUAAGCUGUAUUUAGCUGGCAUAAGAUUUCAUUAUCUUAAAGCUGGACUCUGUAAUCCUUUAACCCAUACUGGUCGGCAUACUACCGCAGUCAUACUCUACCUUAUUGAUCGGGGCACUACUACAGUGGUAGUAUACAAACAUCGUCACUUUGAUGCUUCGUACUGUAGAAACAUAAGGGAUAUGAAAGAAAACUUUUGUAUGACUAAGAUCUAG